AUGGUGCAUCUUCCAUCCUCCUCCACCCUCCUAACCUGCGUGUCGGUACUUCUCUCCGGAGCUCACCCCGCAAAAGCAUCAUGGCUAGCUCGUAGGACAGUAGAAAAGCCGACUCUGGCACGAAUCCAUGAGCAGCGAGACUCUACGGACCGGAAAUCGAGGGCGCCCUUCUUACAUCGUCGACAGAAUCACUACGCGCAUCAUCCCCACGGGCUACUCACUACCCUCCGUGGUGGCGCCAGUAAUGCAGACAACAAAAUGGACGGUCCUUGUAUCGGAAUUGAUCUCGGAACGACGUAUUCGUGUGUCGCUGUCUGGAGAAAUUCUCGGGUGGACGUGUGUCCGAACGAACAAGGUAAUCGGAUUACCCCUUCGUACGUGGCUUUCGGCAAGGACGGCACCCGACUAAUUGGCGACGCUGCGAAGAAUCAGGCACCGUCCAAUCCAACGGGUACGUUUUUUGACGUGAAACGCCUGAUUGGUCGCAAGUACAACGAUGCUACCGUGCAAAAGGACAAGACGCUCUUUCCGUUUUCGAUCGAAAAGGGUCCCGACGACAAACCCUUGCUCGGAUUGCCGACCGAGUUAAAAAAGCAGCAAGGCAAAUCUCAAUAUACUCCAGAAGAAGUAUCGGGAAUGAUUCUGCGCAAACUCAAGGAAACCGCGGAAACCUUUUUGGGAUGCGAAGUGAAACACGCCGUCGUAACCGUCCCAGCGUACUUUAACGACGCCCAACGACAGGCGACGAAAGACGCCGGAACAAUUGCCGGUCUUAAGAUCGAACGAGUCAUUAAUGAACCCACCGCAGCCGCAAUUGCCUACGGACUAGAUAAGCAAGAUGUCGAAGAGAAUGUGUUGGUUUUUGAUCUUGGCGGUGGAACGUUCGACGUGACUCUGCUCUCGAUCGACCACGGAGUCUUUGAAGUGCGUGCUACGUCGGGAAACACACAUCUGGGAGGUGAAGAUUUUGAUCAACGUCUCAUGGAGUACUGCAUGAGUGUUUUCAAACGUCAGUCUGGAAUUGAUGUUUCCGGGGACAAACGAGCGAUUCAACGACUUCGCAAACAAUGUGAACUGGCCAAGCGGACGCUAUCGACUCAAACUUCCGCCACGAUCGAUUGUGACGCUUUUUCCAACGGUGUUGACUUUACCACCACCAUUUCGCGAGCCAAAUUUGAAGAAUUGAACAUCGACUUAUUCAAAAAGACUAUGGUUCCUGUUACUCAAGUCCUGAAAGAUGCGGGAAUGAGCAAAAGCGAGAUUGACGAAAUUAUUCUCGUUGGUGGUUCUACUCGAAUUCCAAAAGUCCAGCAGAUGUUGACGGAGUACUUUGGCGGCAAGGAACUGAAUAAGGGGAUCAACCCGGAUGAAGCCGUGGCCUACGGUGCUGCGGUCCAGGGAGGAAUUUUGAGCGGCGACGCGGCCGAGGCGACCAAGGAUGUGUUGUUACUUGAUGUCGCACCCUUGUCACUAGGCAUUGAAACCGCCGGUGGCGUCAUGACUCCCUUGAUCAAACGGGGUACCACAAUUCCGGUCAAAAAGUCCCAAGUAUUUUCGACGUACGCUGAUAAUCAACCCGGCGUGAAUAUUCAAGUUUUUGAAGGCGAACGGUCCAUGACUAAGUCCAACCGGCUUUUGGGGCAAUUCGAGUUGGCGGGCAUCCCACCCGCUCCACGCGGUGUACCCCAAAUUGAAGUUAGUUUUGACGUGGAUGCCAAUGGAAUUCUAAGCAUAUCGGCAUCCGACAAAGGGACUGGUAAAUUGGAAACCUUAACCAUCACCAGUGAAAAGGGUCGGCUUUCGGAAGAAGAAAUUGAACGAAUGAUACAAGAAGCGGAACAGUUCGCCGAUCAGGAUGCCGCCGAAAAGGAAAAGGUCCAGGCUCGGAAUGAUUGUGAAGCAUAUUUGUACAAUCUGAAAAACUCCAUGAAUGAUGCUCUUCAGGAUAAGCUUUCUGCGGAAGACAAAGAAACACUAUCACAGGCCAUUGAGGAAGGUUUGGUGUGGUUGGAAAACAACCCCGCGGCGGAAAAAGACGCGUACGAUGCCAAGCAAAAGGAGGUGGAACAAGUUGCUAAUCCCAUUCUCAAGCGAGCCUACGAAAGCACCAGUGAUGGUGCGGCCGCUGCUGACAAUGAUUUUUUAGGUGAAGAUUUGGACGGUGUAGAUGACGGCCCGAGUGUAGAAGAAGUAGAUUAACCAUAGCAUAGAACACAGACAAGCUCUGAAAGCUUCCUUCGAUACCAACUCAAUCUUUCGGUUUUCGAGUUGGCUCGUGAAGCCACUGCCAAGAAUCAGCCUCCAUGUCCGGUAGUUGAGCCCAAAAACUGCGUACGUGCUGGACGCCAUCCCACUGAUACUCACCAGUCGUCUGCACUCCAGCAAAGGGACCCAAUACUGGAUCUUGUAGGAGUUCGUAAGUGUCGUAUUCCCUCUCGGUCAACACAUGCUUCAAAAUUGUUUUGUACGAGUUACUCCAAUCAACGUUUGCAAACCGUGUGGCUAUCACUUGCAAAGUCUGUACCUGAGCAACAUCUUUCAUCCCCAACAGUGUACACGGCACGCCAGGAUAAGCCAAGGCGCAAACAAGCGCAAG